AUGGCUUUCACUCUUCACAAUCACAAAACCCUCUCUCUCACUCUAUACUAUACUUUUUCCUUUCUUCUUUUUCCUCUUACUUCAAAUUCACACCACGAUUUUUCCAUCAUCGAUUCCGAUUUCAAUUCCUUUUACAGCGACUACACACCGCCGUCACCGCCUCCACCGCCGCCGGAGCCGCAUCCGCCUUCGCUUUCGUGCGAACGUCUCAACGGAACUGGCUCGCUCAACACUUCGUGCGAUGUUAAUUCUAGUUUAGUCUUUUCCGGUGACGUGUAUAUAGAAGGGAACGGGAGUUUGAAUAUACUUCCCGGUGUGAAUUUGACUUGCUUUGUUUUAGGUUGCGUGAUUAAGGUUAAUAUGAGUGAGGGUUUUAGUUUGCAGAAUGGCUCGGUUAUAGUUGCUGGAACUGUUUCGAUUGCGUCGCGGAAUGCGAGUUUGUUUGAGGGAUCGUUGAUUAAUGUUAGUGGUUUGGCUGGUAUGCCGCCCGCGCAGACGAGUGGGACACCGACGGGGACUCAGGGGGCGGGUGGAGGACAUGGUGGGAGAGGGGCUACUUGUGUGUCGGAUAAUACUAAGCUUCCUGAUGAUGUUUGGGGUGGUGAUGCUUAUUCUUGGUCAACGCUUGAUGAGCCUUGGAGUUAUGGGAGUAAGGGAGGGACUACUGUUAAGAAUGAAAGCUAUGGUGGGGAAGGAGGUGGGAGAAUAUGGUUGGAAGUGGUGGAUUCUAUUGAAGUUUCGGCAGAUCUUUUGGCGAAUGGAGCUGAUGGUGGGAUGAAAGGUGGAGGUGGUUCUGGUGGCAGCAUUUUUAUUAAAGCUCAUAAUAGAAUGACCGGAGGUGGCAGAAUUAGUGCUAUUGGAGGUAGUGGGUUUGCUGGUGGCGGGGGAGGAAGAAUUUCUAUCCACGUCUUCAGCAGACACGACAAUACAAAUUUCUUCAGUCAUGGAGGAGUCAGUCUUGGAUGUGCUGGCAACGCAGGUGCUGCAGGGACAUAUUAUGAUGCUGUUCCUCGCAGUCUUACCAUUUGCAAUCAUAAUCUGUCCACACAAACUGAUACACUUAUAUUAGAGUUUCCUAAGGCGCCUCUUUGGACAAAUAUUUAUAUCCAGAAUCAGGCCAAGGCAUUGUUUCCUUUAUACUGGAGCCGUGUUCAGGUCAGUGGACUAAUUCGUUUGACCUCUGGAGCUGCUUUAGGCUUUGGGCUUGCUCAUUAUGGCUCAUCAGAGUUUGAGUUGAUGGCAGAAGAGCUUCUGAUGAGUGACUCUGUGAUCAAAAUAUUUGGAGCUCUUCGUAUGUCUGUAAAGAUUCACCUGAUGUUGAAUUCCAAGAUACUUAUUGAUGCUAAUGAUGAUUCAAUUAUUACAACAUCCAUACUUGAAGCGAGCAACUUAGUAGUUCUGAAGGAUUCAUCUAUUAUUCAUUCUAAUGCAAACUUGGGAGUUCACGGCCAAGGUUUUUUGAACUUGUCUGGACCUGGAAAUUUGAUUGAAGCACAACAUCUUGUUUUGUCACUAUUUUAUAGCAUCAGUGUUGGACCUGGAUCUGUUUUAAGAGGUCCUUUGGAGGCUUCCGGUGAUGAUAAUAUGACAAGUACACCGCAACUCUACUGUGAACAUGAAAAUUGCCCUGUUGAAUUGCUUCAUCCUCCUGAAGAUUGUAAUGUGAAUUCUUCAUUGGCUUUCACUCUUCAGAUAUGUCGAGUUGAAGAUGUUAGUGUCGAAGGUACCAUAACUGGCUCUGUUCUGCACUUUCACUGGGUUCGAAGUGUAGAGGUCGAAUACUCUGGAGUAAUCAGUGCAUCUGGGCUAGGUUGUAUUGGAGGGUUGGGCAAAGGAAGAUAUUUCGAAAAUGGUAUUGGUGGUGGUGGUGGGCAUGGAGGAUAUGGUGGAGAUGGGUAUUACAAUGGCAAUUUCAUUGAAGGAGGUACCAUAUAUGGAGAUGCAGAUUUACCAUGUGAACUUGGUAGUGGCAGUGGAAAUGAUAGCAUAGCCGGGGCAACUGCAGGUGGCGGCAUUAUUGUGAUGGGUUCGUUGGAGCACUCAUUGUUACAUUUGACUUUGAAUGGAUCACUUAGAUCUGAUGGAGAAUCCUUUGGAGAGGACAUAAGAAAGCAGGAUGGUAGGGCUUCAAGCAUUGGCCCUGGUGGAGGCUCCGGGGGAACUGUUCUUUUGUUUGUUCAGACAUUAGCUCUUCGUGACUCUUCCAUGAUAUCAACAGUUGGAGGACAAGGAAGUCCUAGUGGGGGCGGGGGUGGAGGUGGUGGAAGGGUUCACUUUCAUUGGUCUAAUGUUCCAGUUGGGGAUGAAUACAUCCCUUUAGCGAGUGUUGAGGGAAGCAUUAUUACUGGAGGCGGUUUUGGUGGUGGUCAGGGUCUUCCUGGAAAAAAUGGAUCUAUCAGUGGAAAAGCGUGUCCCAAAGGGCUUUAUGGUAUCUUCUGCGAGGAAUGUCCGGUUGGCACAUACAAAAAUGUCAGUGGGUCUGAUAGAGCCCUCUGUCAUACUUGCCCGUCUCAUGAGCUUCCACACCGUGCUUUAUAUAUUUCUGUUCGAGGUGGUGUGGCAGAGACUCCUUGUCCAUACAAGUGCACAUCUGAUAGAUAUCACAUGCCAAACUGUUAUACAGCUUUUGAAGAGUUGGUAUACACUUUUGGCGGACCAUGGAUAUUUGGUCUUAUUCUUUUAGGCCUCCUUAUUGUGCUAGCUAUAGUUCUCAGUGUUGCACGAAUGAAAUGUGUAGCUGUGGAUGAUUUACCAGCCCUUGCGCCUGCUCGAAAUGACACUCGGCUGAACCACUCUUUCCCCUUUCUGGAAUCACUGAAUGAGAUUAUUGAAACAAAUAGAAGUGAGGAAUCUCCAAGUCAUGUGCAUAGGUUAUACUUCCAAGGCCCAAAUACAUUCAGCGAACCUUGGCAUCUUCCUCAUUGUCCUCCAGAGCAAGUAAAAGAUAUUGUAUACGAAGAUGCCUUCAAUAGAUUUGUGGAUGAGAUUAAUAGUUUAGCUACUUAUCAAUGGUGGGAAGGGUCUAUAUAUAGUAUCCUUUGUGUCUCUGCAUAUCCCCUUGCUUGGUCAUGGCUGCAAAGCUGCCGGAGAAAGAAACUACAGAAACUUCGAGAAUUUGUUCGAUCAGAGUAUGAUCAUGCCUGCUUGCGCUCUUGCCGUUCACGAGCACUCUAUGAAGGGUUGAAGGUAGCUGCAACAUCUGAUAUGAUGCUGGCAUAUAUGGACUUCUUUCUUGGUGGAGAUGAGAAAAGAUCUGAUCUUCCUCCUCGUCUUCAUCAAAGAUUUCCCAUGUCUAUAAUUUUUGGUGGGGAUGGAAGUUACAUAAGUCCUUUCUCUCUUCAUAGUGAUAAUAUUCUUACCAGUAUCAUGAGUCAGUCUGUUCCAUCAACUAUAUGGUAUCGAUUAGUGGCUGGUCUUAAUGCUCAACUACGCUUAGUUCGCCGCGGACAUCUCAAAAUAACUUUUGGACCUGUUAUUAGCUGGCUUGAUGUAUAUGCAAAUCCUAAAUUGGCUUCUUAUGGGGUACGUGUUGAUCUUGCAUUGUGUCAGCCUACAGCUUCUGGAUAUUGCCAAUUUGGGAUUGUUGUACAUGCUACCGAGAAUGAAAACAUGUCAUCCUCAAGAGAAGGUUAUGAUGAUUCAAGAGUAGCCGAAAAGCAGUCUGGUUUUCUUAGAAGUCCCGAAAAUUCAGCGCAUUACUUGAUAAGCAAUGAUCACUUGGUGAUGCCUAGAAGGAUGUCUGGUGGAAUAUUGAAUGGCAAGAUUCUAAGAACGCUUAAAGAGAGGAAAAGUAUAUAUUAUCCGUUUGCUUUAAUUAUGUAUAAUACAAAACCUGUUGGCCAUCAGGAUCUAGUUGGUCUGUUUAUAUCUAUAUUACUCCUUGGAGAUUUCAUCUUAGUGUUGCUUACAUUACUUCAGAUGUACUCGCUGUCGCUGGUGAAUUUCUUCUUAGUUUUAUUUGUCCUCCCUCUUGGUAUGUUAUUUCCAUUUCCAUCUGGAAUCAGUGCUUUGUUUAGUCCAGGACCUAGGAGAUCAGCUGGCCUUGCACGGCUAUAUGCUGUGUGGAAUCUGACCUCCCUAGUCAAUGUUGUAGUUGCCUUCAUUUGUGGUUUUAUUCAUUAUAUAGUUCAUUCACAUGACAAGCAUUCCAACAUUCAAUCCUGGAGUUUUAGUAUGGAUGAAAGUGAAUGGUGGAUGCUUCCUUCUGGUCUAUUCCUCUGCAAAAUAAUUCAAGCUCGUCUUAUUGAUUGUCAUGUGGCUAACCAGGAAAUACAAGAUCUUUCAUUGUAUAGCAGUGACACUAAUGUCUUUUGGGAUUCCUGA